AUGUCGGCGGUUGUCGACCAUAAGGCAGCCUUCGACGAAAGCGCGGAAAACCCAUCGAAGAAGAACAACGUCGAUGAAUCAAAAGCUGACCAUAUCGGAGAAAAGCCGUGCGACGGUGAAGUUCCUCGACAAACAACGGCAGAGAUUGACAAACACAUGGGAGCGUGCGAGACUGCAGAUGGGUUUGUAGACGGUAAGAUUGAGUUGUGUGUAGUUGCCGACAUGAGGGAGAUCGGGGCAUCACCACAGCCGUUGGUUCUGGCGGACGUGACAUCGGAGGCACUAAGCGCCAACCCCGAGGCGGGCCUCAGGCAGACAGAGCUAAACGCCGUAUCGGACGUGAAAGUCGAGCAACAGGACGAGGGCGGUCCAACUCUCACUGACCACGAAGAAGAAAUACAAGAGACUGCAACCUCUGUAACAUGUCCGCAAAACCAGGACGAAGGAUCCACCCAAGACAUGGAGAAAUCCCAAGACGUGAAGGAAACGGAAGAUUCUGACUCGGCCAAUCCUAAGGAUGAGGAGGUGUUUAUCUCAUCCAGUUGCUUCACUGGCGCCAAGGACGGAUACGUCUUCAAAACCGGUGACAAAGGGCUCGGCUUCUAUGUUGAUGGGUACGUCGAUCGGCAAGUGAGAAGGAAGCGUUCGCUCUCACAUCGACCCUGGAAUGCUGGGCCUGGGGAAGAGGCAACUAAACGAGGGCCUCUGGGGCCGGCACCAAAACCUUUCAAGAAGAUCGUGCCGUAUCGCACCCAGAAGGAGAAAAGGGCUGCCGAGGAAAAUGAUACGCGUCCUUUCAUGGCGCGAAUGGUAGCCCAAAGAAACUCCAGAGGCUUCCAGUCGAACCUGUUCGAAAGAGAGCGCGUCCUCGACAAGCAUAUCUUGUACCUGCUGGAAAAGUUUUCAGAUCCGGCUUUCUUCAAGAAGAAGCACGGCUACAACGUUCAUGGGCAAAUGCUAGGAAAGGACGGGAAAAUGAUUGUGAAAGUGAGCUAUGAAGAAGAAUCGAUGGAACCAUCUUUUCCAGGUGGAGCCAAGGCUUGGGGUCAAACGAAGCUAGAGUUUAUUACGGAGGACUACCACUAUCCCGGAGCUUACAACACGGACGGCAAGGUCAUUCUGGAAAAGGGAGCGCCAGUGUCAAACGAGCUGCACCGUACAGAUGCGCAGAACGAACGGGCCUGCACGUAUCGAUACAAGGCUAUUCGGCGGUAUCGGGCUGCGCACAGCGACAUCGCUAGCGCUAUUGCAAAGAAAGACAAAGCUCUCCAGAAGGUGCUUAAGAAGACCGACCCCGCCAUUCUGGUCGAGAUCUCGGAAGAAGCCGUGACAAGCACGGGAUUGGGGAUUUACCGACAAACGAAAAGAGCGGGUGGACGGAACGGUAGCGCUACUGGGGCGAGCUCGGCUGUGCUACAGCCAGGGGAGCGGCCCGAGCAGCUUCGACAAAAGUUUGCUCAUAGUCUCAAGUCUCAAAUGAAAAGCAAGGACAAGGCCUUGCUCAAAGAGAUCGCCGCUUUGGAGGAAGAUGAGACCGAGCAGAUUAUGGGUAAUUUUGGAAAAGGCGCUGGGGUGCUUCCCAAUAGCUGGCGGCAGGACCCGGAAGGUCUGAACCGGAUGGAGAGGCGUCGGAAGGAGUUGAUCGCCGAGAACGCAGCAGACCGGCGAAAGGUCGUGUGCCCAUGGAGGCCCGGCGGGAAGCACAUUGCUCAGGAACCCUGGAAGCCGUUCAUUCCGCGAGAUCACCGCCCACCCGUCAGGUCAGCGUCGGAGGGGAAAGCUGAGACCCACGGCGGAAGCCUAGGCGUCUCCUCAGCUGCGCAAGAAGGUCGGAGAAGUGUGCCGAUCCACGAGAAAGGGAACGGGAAGAAGGAGGCGGAGCGGAGGCCACGUACGGCCCCAGCACAUCGACGGAAAGGGUUUAUGGACGCAAUCAGUCCCCGUGCCAGGCGCAUCUUAGCGGCCCAAGCACCAGGUACACCCUUACAUAGCGUCUUCUCCACGUACAGCAACGACCCCUUCCCGCUUGAAACCAGGCAGAGACCUAGCGCUCAGUCGACGCCGGCAAGGACGGAGUAUUCCGGCAACCGUCCCUCGCCAACGCUCACCACUGAGCCAUGCACUGACACGUUGUUUCAGACCUCGGGACGUAUCGGUCUAGGGACACAACAGCGUGCCUGGGUCGAGAUCUCUUGCUCACCCACCAGUUCCCAGACGCUUCGUGGCGGUUUUGUGGCGAGGCCCCAUUCAGCCGCUGCAAAGAUCUCCAAGAAGCUCCGAACUCCUCCGCGGCGACCUGCCACCGCUUGUGGAACCCGGGUGCCACGGGAGAGUACCGACAACGCCGUCGCAGCAAGUAAUGUUUCGUCCACCAACCAGGCACGAGAACACGAGCAAGACCACCGGAGCGAUGAGCAAUCGCGUGAUCUGCACGUACAAAGUGGACCCGGUGUCACGGUGCUAUGGGCACGUUUGUGCUCCCCUUCCUCAGACCUGGUGUACAAGAGGUCCGUUUGGCCUGAAGCACCCGCAGCUUCUAGACCGACUCGGCGGAGAGGUAAACCCCGCAAAACAUCAGCGACAGCCCCGGUGAACGGUACGACGGUGGCGGAAGGGGAGCACGAGUGGGAUGCGACGCCAGGAGAUCCAAGCACAGGUCCCGGCCCUAUCGUUGCCGGAAGUAGUGGUGGGGGAAAGCCGAAGCUUCCACGAGGAACGACAGACACGGGUGGUCCUCUUGAGGACAUGGAAAACAGCCUGUAUGCAAGCAGCUCCCAGCGCGUGAACCACAGAAAACGAAUUUUCAGGGGGUACUCAGAUCGGUCAAGACGGGAGAGAACUUGGGAUCCAGGUUCAGAGUUUUACGCGGAAGGUGCCAGCAAGCACUCCAUGGUGCGCCCUAGCCCAUGCACCGGAAGAAUUAAUUGGAACCGGAGAGGGGGGAGGGGUAAUCCCAGACAGGAAGAUGAUACAACGAAGAGGAAACACCGUCGCGACAAAAGACAUCAGAGUCGAAUCUCAGGAAAUGACGACCCCGUGGAUAUGGAUUGGGAAAAGGUAGACAUUGCGCGUUUGAUCAAUGGGUCCAAAGAGAUCGAGAAGGUCUUGGACGGCAAAUUCUUCGCUGUUGUCACAGACGACGAAAGUCCCGUACAUUUGGGCGAAUGUUUCCAAGAAGCCCAAGAACUGGUUGAAUCCGCGAGUGUGCUACUAGGGUGCCCGGAGAACGAGCGGGAAAGGUAUGCACCCGCUGUCGUGCUUGAGCAGGGACAACGACCCACCAGAAGCUCCCAGUUUAUUCGCCGUAAAAUACCAAUACCUCCUUCUUCCACCUCCAAUGAGCACCAAUUUCUGACGCUUCCCCCCUUUGGUGGGACCCGUCUCAAAUACUCGCUUGCUCCAAAGGCCGGGAUUGUUGUAACACGAUGGGCCUUCUACCCUUGCACAUUGUGUGGUAAUCACGCAGGUUCAGGGAGAAAAUUCGUGGGGAUUUCACAAUCGGACAUUAUGUAG